AUGACGAAUUUAAAAGGAGUUCAAGUACCAUUUACAAGGCGUGAAUGGGAUAUUGUAACAAAUGUAUAUCGAAGUGAUGAAAUAUCUGAAUUAAAACAUGCUGUAGCAUUAAUUGUAUCAUGGAAAGCAAGAUCGGGUGAUUCGGUACAUAUAGCUGCAGAUAUGACUGAAAUGUUAUUACGCGCAAUAAUUAUGGAUAAGGAGACAAAAAAUGAUGAUUGGUUCAAGAUUGGUAAUGUAAAACUUGCUUAUUGUACUGCUAUUAUAAGAUUUGUCAAUUAUGUUAAUGAAAUAUGUCAAACGAAUUAUAAAUUCAAAUCAAUUGCAUCAGCUGUUAGUGAUGUUGGUAUUCCACAGUGGGUGGUUGACAUUCGACAUGGUGCAACUCAUUCGCAUCUUCCAUCGCUAGAAAAUUUACGUCAAGCAGCGCAAUACUGUCGCAAUUGGCUUUGGGAGCAUCAUUGGUCAAGACCAGUAGCUGAAGCAAUUGGACUAAAUUCAAAUAUUCAAAAUGAAAAUGAAACUGAUUUACAACAAGAAGCUGUUGAUUUAAUUGAUCGUUUCAUGCUUUGUUCUUUUGAAAAGAUGAAAUUAUGUGCAUAUCGAAAAAAUAAUAAACCAAACAAGGAAAUAAAAUUGCAAAAGAUAUUGGCGAAAAUAGAAACAUUUAUUAUGAUGCAUCCUUGGGAAUUUCUGGGGGCAUUUUUACUUGAAGGAUAUUUGAUUUUAAACGAGAAACAAGUUAGAUCAGUUGAUCAUAAUAUAUUUGCAAAAAAUGAAGCUAUAUGGAUUGUUCCGGAAGAUUUGCAACUGUUCUGGAAACCAAUCUUUCAUUUUCUGAAUGAAGCCAAAAUGUUACCUGAAUUACUCUUCCAGCUUCUUGAAAUUGCAUCAAAUGAUGAAAUACAACCAAUACGAAAACGACAAUUAAUUGCGUGGAGUGAUCGAAUGUUAACUGCUUAUGUGGAAUCAAAUGUUUUAAGUGAAUCUGAAUGGGAAAGAAUUUUGAAAGCGAUAAUGUUGGCACCAAAAGAAUUACGAGAAGCAUAUUUUGAUAAAAUUCUGAGCAAAAUCAAAAAAAUAACAGAAAAAGAACAGAAUGCUUUGAAGCAACUCGUUGUAGUGUCUUCUAAAAAGACAACUAUCACAGGAACAGCAUCAUUUCCGGAUCCCACCAGUAUUGAUGCAUCAUCAUUUCCGGUUUCCACCAAUAUUGGUGCAUCAUUUAAAACUGUCGAUGACUUGCGAAAUUUAAUGGCAAAAAAAAAAACUGAAAAGAAACCAGAAAUAACAGAUUCAAAUAGUUCAGCCAAUAAUCGUUGGUCAACCUGUAAUUCAUUAGAAUGGAAAGGUAUUCCACUUGGGUUAACACCUGAACAAAGUACAGAAUCAUUAUACCUGGUUGUUGAACCUGAAGUAGUACAUUAG